GUGAAACAUCCCAAGGUAUUACUCUUCUUUGUUAGCUGCUAUUAUGUGGUGCCCAGAGAAUCUCCGUGCCCACCUGUCAAAUAUAUACCCGUCUGCUGCCGGGGCUGCACCGUGGUUCGCAUUGCAUCAAAAAGUUGCUAGAAAAGCGGGAUGUGCCUCAUUGAGAUAUCUUUGCUAAUAUGUACCCCCCAAUGGAGAUUCGAACAAGAAAGGUUAUUCGCAGAUACGUGUCCAAGGACGGCGGGUGCACACUAAAGCGUCCAAAGACCUUCGACCGAGAGGAAUACUAUUACAGGCGCCAUGCUCAGCGGAACCGGUGCGACGAGCGAUACUCACCAGCUUAUCGCAUAAUCGAGCCACGGGAGCCACUGCGACCCAGAACAAGCCUCAACACACUGUGGAGGCGAGAUUUAUCGCCUGUCAGGAGCCAGCCCUUCAAAAUGCGCUUGCCAUAUAUGAGGCGGGUGGCACCGGUGAGAGAUAAUCUCGAACCUGAACCAUCAAGAGGCCGUUCUAGAUCUGCGCGCCCCUUUGUCGUCGAUCCCGCUCCGGAGAUACGAUACGCAUGGCCAAAAAGUGAGAGGCUAAGGUCCCCAUCACCUGAGAUCCGUUGUGUUUCACCGCGGAGGUCCUCUCCAAGAAGGCCAUCUCCUCGACCUUUGAAAAGAGAAACAGAGACAACUGUAAUCGUUGAUGAUAUCCCAAGGAGGCCCAGGACACUGGAACGACAUAACAGCGUCAGGCCACCACGCGAGAGGACGCCGGUAGUUGAGCGUGAGCCAGUCAAACGGAAACAAAAUCCUGUAGAGAUCCAUCAGUCUCCAGAGCGAAGAAAAGGGCGAGAACGAAGUUCAGGAAGACGGCAAGUCCGGUUUGCGGAAGAUAUUCAGUAUGAAGAGUAUGGAAGCCGAUCCCCAGAGCGCAAUGAGCAUCGCCAGCCAGAAAGCGAUAGCGAGGAAAGUAAAAAUAUACGCCGCCGCAUCCACGAGCGAAGAAUCCCCAUCGAAAUUGAUGGCAGACCUAAUGUCAGGCGCUUGUUCCCAGAGAGAACGACGACAUAUCGGAGAAUCGAUACAGAAACACUCAGACCAAGACCGUCAGAAAGAUCUCGUCUUCGGCCUCGGAUUAUCCAAGAUGGGGACUGCGAACUCUCCCAAGCAAGUGAUCGCAUCUACGCCGCAGCUCGGCGAAGAAGAGAUCAAGCAAGGCAUAUGUACGACUUUGUACCACAUUCAAGCUCACGAUGGAGGAAUCGAUUUGACGACAUAGACUUCAGCUCGGACGACGAUAGCUAUCUUCUAUCUCGACGAUAUGGCUGGCGCUGGCGAUGAAGGAGUCCAAGUAUUAUUUCCAAAUACAUUAGCAUCUUUCACUUCAGAUGUUAGGACUUGUGUAACAUAAAAUUUAACGAAUUUCUUUUGUUUUGGCGGAGAAUAUACACCUAGAGCGGCGUUCGAAAGGAAUGGAGUUUCAUCAUAGCGUUUCCGUUUCGGAGUCUAUAGCUGAGCUCAAUUUCAGGAAGUAAAACAUUUAUUCGUGAUAAAGCCGUUAUCUCAGUGGCAUUUUGUUCAUAUUCCCCGACACAGGAAGCCCGCGAAGCAAUUGGUGCAAACUACAAAAGAUGGAGUGGACCGCCGUCAUCAACGUCAAAAUUGGCUAAACCGCCGGCUGAAGUUCGUAGUUAGUGCCCGAUCAGCUCAUGCCCACCACUCCACCAGGCUUCGCCUGGACCUUCGGAAGGGUCAA